AUGGUGUCCCCUCAAGUUACCAACCUCGCCAUCAUCGUGGUGAUGAUGCAGCUGGCCAAGAAGGUUCCCUUCGAGAACCCCGAUGUCCUCCUUCUUGUUCGUUGCAUGUACAUCUUGUCCAACGUGAUCAUCCUGGGUCUCUACUUGUAUACUCAGGCCAAGAUCAACAAAAAGAAUGACUUGACUACGCUUAAGUAUGUCGAGCCUGCUCCCAUGGGUAGCAACGAGGAGCCUCGCCCGGUGACUACCACCAACGCUGAGUACGACAAGGGACAGCUGCGCCAGCUGAUCCGUGGACAACUCAUGGGUGUCGGCAUGAUGGGUGUGAUGCACCUCUACUUCAAGUACACCAACCCCCUCUUGAUCCAGUCGAUCAUUCCUCUCAAGAGUGCCUUUGAAUCCAACCUGGUCAAGAUUCACAUCUUCGGCAAGCCUGCUACCGGUGACCUUCAGCGCCCUUUCAAGUCUGGCAACAGCUUCAUGAACCAGGGCCAGGUCAAGACCGACAAGGCUUCAGUCGAGAGCGCCGAGAAGAACUGGCGGGGUGGUGUCAAGGAGGAGUAG